GUAUAAAUAUUAUUAUUUCUGAACAGUAUGAUUUAUCUAUUUCCUACAAUAUCGCAAACCAAUGAUAACAUUUGAAGCUAUUUUGUAACGAGGUAUGCAACUUCUGUUAUUUAUAGCAUUUGAGAGGAAACUAGAUGUUUUAUUGCAAAAAUAUAUUUCAAUAAAAAGAAUGUGGCGCAUACAUCGAAAGAAAAAUAAUGUAUGCAUAUCAAUACUAACAUGUGUAUGUUUAGGAAAUUUAUUGCUCUACAUAGCCUUUACCAAUCUACGGGCGGAGUAUAUAAAGAUAAAACAUCACUCUGAUGGGCGGAUACAGACUAAACUAAACGUUAAAGAAACAGAGGAUGGCGAGGAACAUGAAAGAUACAUUGUUAACGAACCAUUUAAGUGUAAUCAACGAAAUGUGGAUCUAAUCAUCGUUGUUUGCUCAAGUCUCGAUCAUUUCAAACAAAGAAAAGCAAUUCGAGAUACUUGGGGGAAAAGUGCAAAUAAUGAAAGUUUCAAAUUAGUAUUUUUAGUUGGAACAUGGUUACAUAGUCGGUUUUCAAAAAUAAAUAAUACAUUUUCAAAAGAAAUUUCAACGUUUAGGGAUAUAGUACAAGGUGAUUUUAUCGAUUCAUAUCAAAAUUUAACUUUAAAAUCUAUAUACAUGUUGCAUUGGGUAAAGACAUAUUGCAGCCAUGCUAAUUUUUUGUUGAAAACAGACGAUGAUAUGUAUAUAAACAUUCCAAAUUUGUUUCGAGCACUUAGGAAACAGAUUUUAACAAAAUUCUUAAUGGGCAAUUUAAUCACAGGAGCUAAACCAGUGCAAGAUAAAAGCUCAAAAUGGUAUACACCGAAAAAUACAUUCCCGGAAGUUUACUAUCCGCCAUAUUUGUCAGGAACCUCAUAUGUCAUUUCCAAUACCAUUUUAUCAGAACUUUAUAAUGCUACGAAAUCAUCAAAAUAUUUUUGGUUGGAGGAUGUUUUUAUAACUGGUGUUUGUGUAAAAGCUGUAGGAAUAUUUCAAAUUCAUCGGAAUGACAUGACAUUUAAUACGCCUGAGCCAUUUGGUUGUUCGUUAAAAUCAUUAAUAUCUGGACAUAAAGUAAAAUGGCAAACCAUGUACUCAGUUCAUCAGGCAGUUAUAAACGAUGAUAGCAGCGUCUGUGAUAAGUCUAAAUAAAAAAUACAAUAUAAUAAUACAUUGCCAUCAAUUACUAUCAAGUUGAUAGUGUCGAUUGCCCUACCAGUUAAAAUGUUCGUAAAACAAGAUGUAUUUAAUUUUAGAUACUAUCAAAUCUUGAUAUUAAAAACUUGCAUGCUCGACGCUCAGGCUCGACGUGACAGUGAAGUUUUGAAAACUAUAGAAAGUGUUCACGAAACACCACACGAAAGCUUUACUAUUAUUAUAAAACUAAUUCUCAUGGCAAAUAGUAAUACUAAAUUCCUUAUGAUUCUAGGUUGUGGCGGGUAAAUAGUUUUGUUAAGAAUUCACAUAUGGACGAUAUAUAACUCGAUAUCAUAAACGAAAUUGCUCUGAAGAAAGUCUAGCUUUUCUUAGGGAGUUAAACAAUACAAAAAUUCCCAUUCAAAGUUUAUAUACAGAUAAAUGACCACCAGAUGAUUAAAAAAAGACACACAACACCAGGGUUACAAGUAAAAAAAGCACAAACAAAAUCUCAAUACACCACAUAUGUAGUGUUUUUCUUAUAGCAACAAUAUCGAGUCAUG